GGAUAUUUUUUGUUGAGCAAGAGCAGUGGCAGCCACGGACAUGUUUGGAAAAAAUAAUUUGGUGACAUCUUGUGGUCUUAAAGUGAAUUACAGAGUGGGCAGUUACACCAGGGGGCUAGUUACCCACUAGUACCCUACAUUGAUGUCCUCAAUUUGAACCAGUAUAGACCUACUGUCCUCAAUUUAGUUUAGAGAUUAUGUAAAUAUGAUCCGUUUGCUUUUGAUUAAAUCAUUUUUUCCCUGCUGGAAAAAAAUCUAACAAUAUAUCAUAAUAGCAGGUAUGCACCAAGUCCUAUAGCCUUAAGUACAUGAGUAGUAAAAUGUUUGAUACGUUUCAAUUACCUUGCAUGGACUUGUAUCUUUGUGAACACAUUUUCGUGUUUGAGCGUUCGCAGAUGGAUCUAAACCGCUCGUGGGAAAAUGUAUUUCUGUCAGCGAAUUAGCCUACCCUAAGCCACACUGGAAAACAAGCGCGUUGUGAAAUCAACCUAAAAAUAGCUUAACAUGCAACGUUUUUUAUGACGUUUUAGUGAUUUUUCUGGGAAGAUUUCUUUGAAGAUAACUCGAUGCUGGCCAUAACAUUCAUCAUUGUUUUUCGCCUCUUCUUGCGCAUUUGGAGAGGCGCGGAUCACUCUUUUGGGAAGGUGAAACGCUCUGACUGUGCAUGGCUUUAAGGUUUGGACUGAUGUUUCUCAGUACUGGCUGUCUCGUUACAAAGGAAAACAAUAAACUACUGGACCCAAGAUCACAGGCGUAGCCUACUGAUCAAGAAUGCGCUUAAUUGGAGUACACUGGCGAGGUGUCCCUUGCAUCACCGCCGGGAUCACGUUUUCGUAAUGUUCAAUACUUCGGGCGUCGAUCCCACUUCCAAUAAGAGAGAGGAUGUUUCCGAAGUUAUCAAUGGCACUCUGGAGCUUUUCUAUAACGUCCUGGUCACAGCUGGUCCAACAGCCAUGUGGAACGAUACGUGCGGGGAGACACUACUUGAUUUCGGCAGUGGAGAGAAGAUAAUAAUCGGAGUGAUGUUGGCUAUCAUCACAGCGGUCACGGUGAUGGGAAACACACUGGUUGUCAUAGCGGUUUGCGUGGUGAAAAAAUUAAGACAACCGUCAAACUAUCUUCUUGUGUCCCUGGCUGUGGCAGACCUCUCCGUGGCCAUAGUUGUCAUGCCCUUUGUUAUAGUGACAGACCUAACUGGAGGCAAGUGGCUUUUUGGGGAGGUGUUUUGCAACAUCUUCAUUGGUAUGGAUGUAAUGUGCUGCACAGCCUCCAUCAUGACCCUGUGCGUGAUCAGUGUUGACAGGUAUCUGGGGAUCACCCGCCCCCUCACAUACCCAGCCAGGCAGAAUGGCCAGCUGAUGGCCAAGAUGAUCCUGGGGGUGUGGCUGGUGUCCGCCUCCAUCACCCUGCCACCCUUCUGCGGCUGGGCCAAGAACGUCCACGCGGGCGGCGUGUGCCUCAUCAGCCAGGACUUUGGUUAUACCAUCUACUCCACGGCUGUGGCCUUCUACAUCCCCAUGCUCGUCAUGCUCUUCAUGUACUACAAGAUUUUCAGGGCCGCCCGCAAGAGUGGCCUCAAGCACCGCUUCACCGACUUCACCCGGCGCGAGCGGCUGGAGACGGUGGCAAGCGAGGCACUGAGGAUGCAGGGCCUGAAGCCACAGGGCGUGGCCGAGGAAUGUGCGGUGCUGUCCCGUCUGCUGACUCGCGAGCGCCGCAACAUCUCCAUCUUCAAAAGGGAGCAGAAGGCUGCCACCACGCUGGGGGUGAUCGUGGGCGUGUUCUCCAUCUGCUGGCUGCCCUUCUUCAUCCUGUCCACGGCCAGGCCCUUCAUCUGCGGAGUGGAGUGCAGCUGUGUGCCCAUCUGGCUGGAGAGGUUCCUCCUCUGGCUGGGCUACGCCAACUCCCUCAUGAACCCCUUCAUCUAUGCCUUCUUUAACCGGGACCUGCGCUCCACCUACAAGGAUCUGCUGCGUUGCCGCUACCGCAACAUCAACCGACGCCUGUCCGCCGUAGGUGUGCACGAGGCCCUUAAGGUGUAGGAGGAAGAGGAAUUUCUAAUCCUGUCCUCAUUGUAAAGACUACUGGCUGCUACUCUUUGUGAUUGUAUAAUAGAGGCUGAGGGAUGACCUGUGACCUGUGGCUGUAGAUAAAGACAGAGACAGACUGUCAAUACCUCUCUAACCCGCUGUAGAGACACAGAGACAAGGCCAUCACACAGUUCUAUUUUGGGACACAAAACCAUAGACCGUAUUUGACGGCCUAUUUAAGUUGACACUGGCUUUGUGCAUAUAUGCUACAAUUCAGUCCUGACUUCAUAUUCAUGUCAGGAAGAUGAUGCAUUGACUUGGGAAAUCACAUGCGGACCCUGGCGAUAAUUCUAGGUCAUUAAAAGCAUGGGCUGCAAAUGGAUUUCUGCACAAUGACAUUUGCUAAAUUAAUGCUUGCGCAAGGGGUGCCAUUGGCUGUUGACUUAAACCAGUGAAGGUCACAGAAUCUGUAUCUAUGUAAAUGUUUCCAGUUCAACUUGUCUGUCGUCUAGUAGGUGAUGAUGGUGAACAAUUGAAAGUGGUCUGUUUAGGAACAUGUGAAUCUAUUACAUAUAUUAGGCAGGCAAGUGUUUAAUGUUCACCAAACAGAAAGCAUCCAUUGUCAGUUUAUUUUCAGACAUGCCUUUGAACACAUCUAUCUCUGCAAAGUCAACCCAAUGGACACCCACACAGACCCAGGGGAAACAAACACAGUACAUGGCCAAGAUGAUAUAUUCCUUUGGAAUAUAAAUCGUAAUGUGAAUGAAGGCUAACAAACAAAAGUGAAUCUUGUAAUGUUACCACAAAGCACUUGAGGGUGGUAUGGAUAACAAGCCUGUGAUUUGACGUGAUUUAAUGGGGAAGAUGCUAGAGAGGUGGUACAACAAGUAGGCCUAAUGGUUAGAGUUGGAGAAUGUUCUGGAACAAGCUACAUACAUCUCUGAGAAAUGCCCAUUUACAAAAUCCACAGGAAUCCUCAGCAUUUCAUUUGGCAUUCAUUGUUCAGUGGAUUCUGCUUGAAGCUCACAUCUGUCUAACAUGCUAUGCAUUAUCCAUGGAAGACCAGCAUGUUGUGCAUAGUCAGUUUGACAUAGCUCAGCAGCACAGUGGUUCAUACUUCACUUCACCCUAGCACACUUAGGCACAUACAUGUAAAACAUGUAGAAGGUGCCCACCGGGCACACACUGGUUGAAUCAACAUUGUUUCCACGCCAUUCUAAUUAAAUGAUGUUGAACCAACGUGGAGUAGACGUUGAAUUGACGUCUGUGUCCAGCGGGUGAUGACAGAUCUUAAACAUUUUCUCCAAGUUGAGUUUUCACAACACACAAACAGUUGGUUGGCUGCACGAAACAGACAGAUUUUCCCUACUGAUUUGAUUGUGUUAUAACAAAAGCUUAUCAAAUUGUUCAACUAUGAUCCAUUAAGGAAAGGCACUCAUUGUGCUGAUGAGGUUCUCCCAACAAGGAAUGAGUCCACCCAUCAAAGUCUUCAUCGCUAAUGCCUGAAGCAGCAGGUGUUGCUACUUCUGCUCUCUUUCAUAGCAGGAUGUGGUCAAAACUUUUAUGAACUCUGCAUCAACUUGGUUUAUUCACAACUCUGUUCUGUUGUAAUCUGUGUAAAAAAAAUGGUAUAGUUGAAGCAGUGUGUGCUUUUCUCUACCUCGAUUUUCGGAAAAUUCUUGUUAAUUAUUGCAAACAGAUAUAUUCCUGGCUUGCACUAUAUUUUGUCAUAUGAUUCCUUGUUAUUUAAGUGUCUAGUGUCGACGGCAUUCAUUGACAUACCCUUCUACAACUGCUUUGCGAACGUUAUUCUCCAAAAUGUACCUGGAGAAAUUAGAGUAUAUUUCUUUCAUCACUUUGUAAAUAAAGCAGCACUUGGUUUA